GUCUAUCCACGCCGAAAUAUAUUCAGCGACGCUAUUGCUCGUUUUCAUUCCUCAAAUUGCAGCCUGCACAGCACCUGGAAAGCUAAAUCCGAUGCUAGCUGGGGCCGUAUUUUCCUCCGCCAUUGUACUGGCGUUGACCUCACGCGUUGAAGCUCAUGGCUACCUCGAACAGCCCAAGCCGUCGUGGAAGGACAAACCGAAUGUUGGAUGGAUUACUAUGGUCGACAACUACUGGGACAUCGGAUCCGGUGGCGACCAAAUAGGCAAGUUUAAGGCGAUGGCCAAGGAGAAGGGCAUGUCUGUGAAGGACGUGGUGCUGGACAUGGUCAAGGACCAGAAAUGUGGUAACACGCUGGAAAAUGGGGACCCCCAGCCAAUUCCGGCCGACGGGAAAGUCAAGUGGCAUGGCAACGAGGGCGGCGGCUUCACCCACACUGGCCCUUGUGAAAUCUACCUAGACGACAAGAUGGUUCUCCACGGUGAUGACUGCGAGGACGAGUUCAAGGGUGGCCCCAAUGGCUCGAAACAAACGUCCGAUAUGCCAGUGGACUUUUCAUCGUGCAACGGUAAAUGCUUGUUGACGAUCUAUUGGCUGGCGUUCCAGAACGCGCAGUGGCAGACCUAUGUUAACUGCGUGCCUCUGGAAGGAAGUGGUGGAGGCGGCUCAACGCCGACGACACAGGGCUCGUCGAAGGAAGCCGAGUCUUCCGGAGCGUCAGAGAAUGAGAAGCAAGCUGAAGCAUCAGGAAAUUCCGAUACUAAGCAGGAUUCUCCAUCGACGGAGACGAAGUCGACUGAAGGCUCAUCGACGGGAAAGCAGGAAUCUCCGGCAGCAGAAACGCCAGCAACUACCACCCAGACUACCCAGGCGCCCUCGACCCCUGAUGCUCCUUCGACUCCUGAAGCUCCUUCAACGGAAGAUACGAAAUGCAACGCACCUGCCCGCCGUCUUCGCAAGAAGCUCUUCGUGGCGUAGGAAACUGCACCGUACAAUUUGUUUUGCAUGACGUCCGCUGUUGCCAGGCGCGGGCAAUGUCCAUGACUUCCAUCCCGUAGUGUUUAAAGAUAAUGAGAGCCAUUUUAGAAUGGCUCUUUGGUGCCGUUGUUAGCUGAUUUUGAUACCAGUAGUAGUAUCGAGCGAGGCCUC